UGACAGCUUCCUGUGGCCUUGGCUGGGAAGGUUCCAAUCCUUGCAUCGCGACGCACUAAACACCGCCCGCUUCUCUCUGGCACCCCCCAAACGCACUAACUCCGGCGGUGAUUGGGCAGUGCAAAUGUCUCAACUCCCCUCGUCCACCGAGCACCGGUUGAGCACAUUUUGUCACUUGCGCUAACGUUAAAUGGAGGAACGUCCCUGCGAAGGGGCAUCCGGAGUAUAUAUCAGUCAUGGAGCAGAGAACGGCCCUGAUCGAUCAAACAUAUCGGUAAACAAUGAUCAGAACAACCGUAAGUUCCAGAACGAGAAAACGCAGACGAAGAAAACAGAAAAUGGCAAAAUAAAUGGAACUCUGAAGGAGGGAGAGGUGACUCCCGCUUCCUUUAACCCAGAAAGAUCCCUGCACCCUGCGAACAGCAAUGGCGACAGACACCUGCUAGACAUCAACUUGAAACAGAAGCCCACUAGACGGGCCUUCACCGCUGACUCAACAGGGGACAGAAAAGGUAGAAACACUAGCAGAAAAAGCAUGGACUUCAAAAAUGACAAGUCCUUAACGUUGAACACACUUGAAUGCAAAAAAGAGGCUUUGGCUACUCUGAACGGUGUGGUGUCGCUCAAUUCUGUACCACUUACCAACGGUUACCCUAGCAAACCCGGAGCUGAUAAUGACGGCAGCGGCUCUGAGAGUGGAUACACUACUCCCAAGAAGCGCCUAGCCCAGAGGAAUGGCAAAACCGGGGACAAUGUGACUGCUUCUGCCCAGGGAAAAGCCAUGCAACAGGGUGGCAAACAAGACCACAGGCCUGUGGCGCCGGACUCGGCCUCUGGCUCUCAGGUGGAGAGUGGCAGAACUGGUUCAAAAGUUGAGCUGCACCUAAAAGUCAAGGAACCACCUGCCUUCGCCACCCCACCUCCUCUGUCGAUGGCUGAACUUCAGCGUAAAAACUCAGACAGCAAAGCGGCUGGCAAACGGUUCGAGGAUCGCUCCAGCAAGGUUAAAGGGGCUACCUCCACCAAAGAGGACUCAUGGACCUUGUUCAAGCCUCCGCCUGUCUUUCCUGUGGACAAUAGUAGCGCUAAGAUUGUGCCUAAGAUCAGUUAUGCAAGCAAAGUGAAGGAGAACCUCAAUAAGACUGCCCAAGCUGGUGGGGAGGCUCUCACUCCUGCUCCCCAGGUGCCUGGGAGACCGCCACAGGUCCCCAUGUCUGCGGUGAAAACCAUCACCUCGGCUAGCUUUACCAACGGUCCCCUUCCAGGGGAAGGGAAUGGCUGUCCCCAUUUCAGUGCCACUCCUCUGCUGGCGCCUCCGGCUGUUGCCGCUGAGAAUGUAGCAUCUCCCCCUAGUAGUGGCACUUCGGCCGUUGGAAGUUCCACAUCCUCUGUGGCUGAGCCCAGGAAGCCCAGUCUGUUCGUUUACCCCGUCACCUCCUCCAAUAUGCAACUUUCGCUCCCUAGCGGCCGCCAAGCCGAUCCCCCUGCUGCUCCGACAAAUCAGAAGUCUCUGGGGGACAUUUUUCAGAAUCAGUGGGGCUUGUCCUUUAUCAACGAGCCUAGCGCCGGACCAGAGGGCAUGUCGUGCCGCUCAACCGGAAAGGACAUGUCGGUGGAGGUGAGCUUUCAGGGAGGCUGUUCUGCUACAGUGGCCACUCAGACUUUCAGUACCUCUCAGAGACCGGAUCAACAACCACCCUUCACCAAGACUCACGAGCCAGACAAAUGGACAAACGCUCAGAGUCGGGGUGCGAGCGGCGGUGCCAUGGUGGCAAGCGGGGCCAUACCCGAGACCUCUGUCCUCGUCCCCGAUGCCCAGAGAGAUGAGACGGGGGUUCAUGGUGCAAUAGUGUUUUGUUCUUCCUCUAAGGACAUUUGUGCCGAGCUGCCUCCCACCUCCCCAGCUGCACCUAAGGUGGCUUUGGCCAAGGACCAGGGCCAUACUAAGGGCUUUGACAGGAGGUCUAGUUGGGGGACGUUUGAUCUAAAAGCUGCUGUAAUUUAUCACACUAAAGAAAUGGAAUAUUUUUUGAAUUUGCAAAAACAAGAUCCAAAUCGAGUAGUCCUCUACAGUGAGUCAUGGGAUGGACCUGCUCAGUGAAGCUGUGUCUGAACACUAUAUCUCAGAUGAACUCUGAUGCAAAAAGAUGUGCUUGAGGAACAUGGCUGCUGCCUCUAAGCAUCCUGAAUCAGAACUAAUCCAAUGGUUUAGAAAGGACCUUGUUUCCUGUCAGCAGUCAAGACUGAGCGCAGAGGAACAGGGUGCGCUUAGGGAAAAACGGGGUUAGCUGGUUUUAGAUUAUUAGAAUUGAAGAACAGGAGCUGUGGAACUCAACUCUAAUACGGAUAUGUUGCUGAAGACAAUUUCAAUGACUUUGGGGACAUACAACUCACUCGUCAAACACUCAUGAUAACCCUAUCAUGACAUUUGGUUGGGCGGAAGCUUCUCCUUUAAGUACUCGCAGACCUAAGAGAGUGUCCAGGAGGAAAGCGUGUCCCCAUGUGUGCCCUCUUGAAUUCAAAUAAUCAUGUAGUGGUCACAUUGAAUUCAUCUGGGCACAGAACCGAAGAGUGUCACUCUACAAUGAAUUAACAUACUGUGGCCAGAGGAACUAUUUCCUUUUUUGGAGAUUCAGGGGAAUCAAACUCCAUUUUAUGUGUGGAGGGGCGGUUAGUUCAAGCCUUUGGGAAUAAAUAAUUGUCUUAAUUUAA